GACUAUUUUCAUGGUCAUGGGAGGUGUGAGAGAAUUGCUGCUCUUUGUGUUGACUGUGGGGGUUGUCAAAGUUUCUUGUUACCCUGUUGGAAAGUCCCAGAAGCAAGAACAAGUCUCUCUGCAGAGGAGACUUGGAGAGCUGUCAUCAAAUGACGUCUCCAUUGUGCAUGCCCUGGCCUUGCUCCGAUCCAUAGGGUCUGACGCAAAACAAGACAGAAGAGUAUUUCGAGACUAAUGACGUAGAAUCCCAAGCUUCUCCAAACCACGGUAGCUCUCCGGCAAAUGAUAACCUGUCCUCUGACGACGCUACCUCUGAAGCUGCCACUGGCCCGUCUGACGACGCUACCUCUGAAGCUGCCACUGGCCCGUCUGACGACGCUAC